AUGGACAACUUCGAGAAGGACGGCGCGUCGCCACCGACAGCCAUCGACACGCCUGCGUCGUACUAUUAUGGCGACGACGCGACACGGCUUCCUCCGAUCCCCGAAGACCUCGAAGAGCACCUCCGCGCGAAAGGCGUUCGGCGCUCGGCGCUCGGACAAGUGGCGGACGCCGUGGAGGAUGAGUUUGACCACCGCCGGCGGACGAUGGGCGGCGUCGACCAAUUCUGGCUCGUCUUGUCCGACGUCACCGACUUCAACCCCGUUCGCUCGGCUUCCUCCGACUGCACGUCCAUCGAGACGCUGCGCGGGAUCGUCACCGAGGAGGAUGUCAUCGAACAACAUAAGGAACUGGUGGACAAGUUCCCGCGCCUGCGCCAGAAGGUCGACGGCCUCGGUCGCCUCUGGCAUGGCGCCGUCUUCGUCGACGACCCCGACUACGACCCCCGCAACCAUGUCUUCCGCUGCUCCCUCCCCGCUCCCGCUGGCAAGGUCGAGCUCGAUGACCUCAUCGGCGACGUGUUGUCGCGUGGGUGGGACCUCACGCGUCCUCUCUGGGAUGUUACACUCAUCGACAACUACCACGAUGGCGAGCAGGUUGUCUCCGUGCUGGUGACGAGAGCUCACCAUACACUGUCGGACGGCCAAGGAUUCGUCAUCAGCCAGCUCUACCUCACAUCCUACUUCGACGACUUCGCAAAGCAAGUCAGGACCGGCCUCGACAAGUUCCGCAAGGCCAAGCGUGGCCUUCUCCCUCCCUCCGAAUACAAACCCGCUCUCAAACCACUCGAUCCGUUCGCCGCUAGCGCCAUCUUCGGCCCUUUCAUCCACCUCUUCCUCGCUAUUCUCUUCUGGCUCACGUCGGUCUGGCAAGCCAUCCUGUCCUCCCAGAUUUGGAGUAACUAUGAGGCCGCCCGGACCAUCAUCUUCUUCCUCCUCACCUUCUGGCGCACCGAGAAGCUUUAUCCCGAAUUCCCCAGCGGCUACUCACACUCCUCGGGGUCGAACACACACAAGCGCGAAUAUGCAGGGUCUCGCAUCUUCAGUCUCCAAGACAUCAAGGCCAUUCAGCAGGCGUUCUCCGGUCCCCGUCCUGGCGCGGCCGUGGCGGGCGUCCCGCGCGAGCGUCGUCAGAAUGCGGUGCGCGGCAAGGGCCACGUCACGCUCAACGAUGUCAUAUGUGCAGUCAUGGCGGACGUCGUCGCGGGCAUGGUGGCGGACAAGCCGGAGCCGAGCAGCGUCCUGGGCAGGGUCAGACGGGCGGUCAACCGGAUCUUCCCUCCUCGAUUGAGCUUCAUGAUCCCGGUGAGCAUUCGCAAGCCCGGCGACCUGUCGAUGCGCAACCUCUCCACGAUGUCUAUCGUCAACCUGCCACCACCGCCGGUGCGUGCACUCAAUACCGACGCAACCGUGCGCGAACUCCACGCGCACAUACACCGCUGUCGCUACGAGCUCGCGCUCUUCAAACACUCGUCGUGGCCCAAGUUUUGGUUCCGCCUCAUCGAGCUCUGCGCCCAAACGCCCAUCCUAUUCCCCCUCUCAUGGUUCCGCCGAGUCCACGACGCGUCAAAUCCGUUCACGCGACUGUUCCGAGCCGCGCUCAUUGAACCCAUCAUCACGACCCUCCUCGAAUCUCCUGUCGCUGUGCUCACCAACAUACCUGGUCCGACGAAACCGAUCACGACGAGUAACGUCGAGAUAGCGACCUGGCACGCGCUCCCGCCGCAAGCCGGCGCCGGGACAUUGGCCAUCGGCGUACUCUCGUACGCGGGCGGCGUCUCGCUUGCGAUCGCGGGAGACCGCAUCCCUGGUGGGGAGGGUGUCGCGCGGGAGCUUUGUGCGCGGUUCGAGGGGCGGUUCGCGCUAUACGUGGAGCGGGCGCGGGAGGUUCUGGAGAGGCAAGAUUGA